AUGGCUAAUGUAACACCACUACACAAGAAUGGAGAUAAAAAUGAUCCUGCAAACUAUAGACCAAUUUCAUUAACGUCAAUACCAUGCAAAAUUCUAGAGUCAAUCUUAGGUAACAAAAUAAUAGAUUACAUGUUAACAAACAAUUUAUUAAAUAGUAACCAACAUGGUUUUCAAAAGAACAAAAGCUGUACUACUAAUCUACUAGAAACACAAGAUAUUUUACUUGAUGCGAUUGAGAAUGGCUGGUGUGUUGAUGUGUUGUAUACAGAUUUCUCAAAAGCUUUUGAUAAAGUACCUCAUAUGCGAUUGAUGUCAAAGUUAAUAUCAUAUGGUAUAGUUGGAGUAAUUCUAAAUUGGAUAGAAGUCUAUUUACAUAAUAGAAAGCAACGAGUAAUUUUAGGGGAUUGUGUAUCAAAAUGGCUAACAGUUGAGAGUGGAGUUCCACAAGAUGAAGAUAUUCGUAUAAACAAAUUACAACUAGAUAUUGAUAAUAUUAUGAAAUGGUCGUCACUAUGGUUAAUGAAAUUUAACUAUGAAAAGUGUAAAAUUAUGCACAUUGGUUUUAAAAAUCCUUGUAUAACUUAUUCAAUGUUCGACGCUGAAACUCAACAUAAUAAUAUAUUAGCAGCAUCAAAAGUAGAACGUGAUUUAGGAGUAAUGAUGCAAUCUAAUUUAAAAUGGACCAGUCAUAUUGAUAAAGCUGUUGAGUGGAUGUUUGCACCUUCAUUAACAACAGAACAAGUUGAGAUAUUUAAAAGCAAUGAAAAACACAAGAACUUCAGAAAGUAUCACAUUUUGAAAUAA